CGAAAGGACAAACGUGCGCCUGUGCAGUGCAGUCCUGCUGGGCUGCUGCAAGGCUGUAGGUGGAGAAGCCUCUGAGCCAGGCUGGUCGAGGGCUGCUGACAGGCGGCAGGGGUUGGGCUUAAGAGGCCACCAGGCAGACCGAGAAGCGGCGGCGGCAGCAGCUGCAGCAGGAGGCUGUUAACGUCGAAAAGCAGGAAGCACAAAAGCACUGACACUCUUUAUUAGCAGAGCAUUUCAUGAAAAACCUCUGAUUAUCUGAGCUCCAGCUGCUGCUGCUUCUGAUAUCAAAGCUGAGAAAUAGUACCUCUGAAACCAUCAUGUAGCAGAUGGCUACCAUGCUAUCAAGCUUCCUGCUUUUAGCUAAGGUUUUUGUGUGUUCAAUCUCCAUGCAUUCAGCAAUGAAUGAAUCAUUUGAAUGAUUCCUUUUUCUUCGACAGUGAAUGAAUUUUGUUAGCUAAAAUUUAAAUUAGAUUUUACAUGGUGUUGGUUAUAUACUGAGGAACCAUGAGUAGUAAUCUAGGAAAAGAAAAAGACUGUAAAGAGAAGGAGCCCAAAGUCUCUUCAGCAAAAGAAAGAGAGAAAGAAGCCAAGGCCUCGGGUGGAUUUGGGAAAGAGAGCAAAGAGAGAGAGCCUAAGACCAAAGGGAAAGAAGCCAAAGAUGGGAAGAAGGACUCCAGUAGUGCACAGCCAGGUGUGGCUUUUUCAGUGGACAAUACAAUAAAACGACCUAAUCCAACUCAAGGCGCCCGUAAAAAAUCCAGCAAUGCCGAAGUGAUCAAAGAGCUAAACAAAUGUCGGGAAGAAAAUUCAGUGCGCUUGGACUUAGCCAAGAGGUCUAUACAUUUGCUCCCAUCAUCUGUCAAAGAGUUAACACAAUUAACAGAACUUUAUUUAUAUGGAAACAAACUUCAGUCCUUACCGCCAGAAGUAGGCUGCCUUGUGAAUCUGGUGACACUGGCCCUGAAUGAGAACUCUCUCACCAGCCUUCCUGACUCUCUUGAUAACUUGAAGCAACUUCGCAUGGUUGAUUUACGGCACAAUAAACUGAGAGAAAUUCCUCCAGUGGUGUACCGGCUAACUUCCCUUACUACACUUUAUCUACGCUUUAAUCGUAUCACAACUGUGGAAAAGGAUAUCAAAAAUUUGUCAAUGCUUAUCAUGCUAAGCAUACGAGAGAACAAAAUCAAACAGCUACCUGCAGAAAUAGGUGAGUUGUGUAACCUCAUAACGCUUGAUGUAGCACACAAUCAGCUUGAACAUCUUCCAAAGGAGAUUGGAAAUUGCAUGCAGAUCACCAAACUUGACCUACAGCACAAUGAACUUUUGGACCUUCCAGACACUCUAGGAAAUCUAUCCCGUCUGAAAAGUCUUGGUCUGAGGUAUAACCGACUCUCCGCAAUACCCAGAUCUCUAGCACAGUGCAGUAAACUUGAUGAGCUGAAUUUGGAGAACAACAUUAUUUCUACUUUACCAGAGGGUCUCUUAUCCAGUCUUGUGAAUCUGACCAGUUUAACUCUGGCACGGAACUGUUUCCAGUCAUAUCCAGUGGGUGGCCCAUCACAGUUCUCGACGAUCUACGCUCUCAAUAUGGAGCAUAACCGUAUCAAUAAGAUCCCUUUUGGAAUUUUUUCAAGAGCAAAAGUGUUGAGUAAGCUGAACAUGAAGGACAAUCAGCUGACGUCACUUCCCCUGGACUUUGGGACAUGGACUAGCAUGGUAGAACUCAACUUAGCUACAAAUCAGCUCAACAAGAUUCCUGAAGAUGUGUCUGGACUUGUUUCCCUUGAGGUUCUUAUCUUGUCAAACAACCUUCUAAGGAGCCUUCCACAUGGUAUUGGUAAUUUGAGGAAACUAAGAGAACUGGAUCUGGAGGAAAACAAGUUAGAAUCAUUGCCGAAUGAAAUAGCAUAUCUUAGAGAUCUACAGAGAUUGAUCCUAACAAAUAAUCAGUUGAGCACACUCCCUAGAGGAAUUGGCCACCUUAUCAAUCUGACGCAUCUUGGACUAGGGGAAAAUUUUCUUACACAACUUCCUGAGGAAAUUGGUACACUGGAGAAUCUGGAAGAAUUGUAUCUAAACGACAACCCUCAUCUAAACAGUCUACCUUUUGAACUGGCUCUCUGCAGUAAGCUGUCUAUAAUGAGCAUUGAGAACUGCCCACUGAGUACUCUUCCAGCUCAGAUUGUUGCAGGAGGACCUUCCUUUAUAAUCCAGUUUCUCAAAAUGCAAGGACCGUAUCGUGCCAUGGUCUGAUGGAUAUCUGCCCUAAUGAUGUACAAAAUUAAAAUGGCACUUCAGGUGUCAUUGUGUAUAUAACAUAAUCUAGACCACCUAUUGCUCGGGUUGGAUAAAAGUUGGAUUGUCCCAUACACUGUACAAAAUGCAAAGAGCAUUAUUAGUAUUGUGUAUGUGUAUAUGUAUAUAAUAUAAUAUAUGAACUGUAUAUUAUAUUAUAUAUAGAAGCAUAAAUAAUAUAAAACAGGUAAAUUUAAGACCACAUCUAUGUGUUUCUGCUAAUAGAGGAAACAGCCAUUUAGAGUUGGUUUUUUUCUUUGCAAAACGCUUGUCUAAGUUUUCUUUGCUGAAUUUGAUGGAUAUCUGGGUAAUCUGGGGAUACCAGUUCACUGAAGACAAUUGCCAAUUAACUAUUGAUCAAUUUAAGGGACAUUUUAAGAUGGAGCCUUCUUCCCAUUGGCCAAAACAGACAAAUUGGUCACAUGAAUUUUUAUUUGUCAUUCCCCUUAAUACAUGUUACUUGCAACAACAAAAAUUCUUUAGGAUAAUUUGUCCUGUAGUCAGGGAGAGCUUUUAACUUAUUUUAAGAUUUAAAAACGAUAUUGUAUGUUGUUUACAAUCAGUGUAAAUCACUGGAUUUGGUAUUGGGGGAAUGGUAUUUACUCUGUUUUAAUCAUAUCUAGAAUAUUAAUGCUUCUGCUGAGGGUUUUUUAAAAACUAUGUCAUAUUAAAACAAAAAUAUAAGGAACUGGUAAGCAGGAAAAGAUAUGGUUCAUGAAAAGCUUGAACUGAUUUUAAAUCUUGGCCCCUUGAUUUAUAACCAUAUCGUAUUUGAAUGUGCUGUUUUAUGGUUGGCUUCAUCUAGCACAAGCAACAUUUUCUGAUUCAGAAAUUGACCAAUAUGUUGAAAACCUAUAUGUUUUGUUUAAAGUCUUCUAGAUGAGGAAAUUUAUAUACAGUUGUUAGAAAUACAACAGGCAAUUGUGAGGGUUUCUCCUGGUCUUUGUACAAUUAAUGAAUGUGUCUUCUUUUUAAACACUGCAGUACAUGUAAGAUUUACGGUUGAUUGACAAUGUUACUCUGGUUUUAUAUUUUGACUUGCCUUGUACAUCCUUCCAUUAUUAUGGACCAUCUGUGUCCAAGCACAAUAUCUUCAAGCUGUGCUGUUUUGCUGCUGAACUAAAUGCACUUUUCCCUGUAGAUGGGACACUUGCUUCAAAGUAAUCAGUUCAGUAUCAUGAUUUAUUCUUUUAACCUCAUCCUAUCAAUCUCAGUAUUAAAGACUGAUUUGUUUAAAAGGA